UUCCGCCCGGAGAGAUCACGUGAACCUGGAGAAGCGACGCCGGCGAUCGCCCGGCUCCCCUUCCCGCUCUACCGCGGUUUCUUGACCUUCUACCUUAGUCUCCUUGGCGAGGAGCCGCUCAGGGACCUCCCCUGGCUCGCAGCAGGGGAUUCGUCCGUCCGGCGGGCGGUCCCGGCGUCUGGGAUCGCGGCCGGUCACGCGGGGAGUGGCGGCGGGGACGGGGCGUGCCGGAGCGGGCGGGGCGGGGCCUCGGGCCGUCUCGGCACUGCUCUUAGGGCCGGCUCUGCGCUUCGGCUGCAGACAAGGGUCGUCGCUUCGGUGCUUGUCACUUCUAUCGCCACCUCCUCCGCCACCAACACUGGCCGCCACCAUGAACCCCGACCUGCGCAAGGAGCGGGCCGCCGCCACCUUCAAUCCGGAACUGAUCACGCACGUCUUGGAUGGCAGCCCAGAGAACACCCGGCGCCGCCGAGAAAUCGAGAACAUGAUUCUGAACGAUCCAGACUUCCAGCAUGAAGACUAUAACUUCCUCACUCGCAGCCAACGCUACGAGGUGGCUGUUAAGAAGAGUGCCACCAUGGUGAAGAAGAUGAGGGAAUUUGGCAUCUCAGACCCUGAAGAAAUCAUGUGGUUCAAAAAACUACAUUUGGUCAAUUUUGUGGAACCUGUGGGCCUCAAUUACUCCAUGUUUAUUCCUACCUUGCUGAAUCAGGGCACCACUGCUCAGCAAGAGAAAUGGAUGCAUCCGUCCAAAGAUCUCCAGAUAAUUGGUACCUACGCCCAGACGGAGAUGGGCCACGGAACUCAUCUUCGAGGCCUGGAGACCACUGCCACAUACGACCCCAAAACCCAAGAGUUCAUUCUCAACAGCCCCACUGUGACUUCUAUUAAGUGGUGGCCUGGGGGACUUGGGAAGACUUCCAAUCAUGCAAUAGUUCUUGCUCAGCUCAUCACUCAAGGGGAGUGCUAUGGAUUACAUGCCUUUGUUGUCCCUAUCCGUGAAAUUGGAACCCACAAGCCCUUGCCAGGUAUUACUGUUGGGGAUAUUGGCCCCAAAUUUGGUUAUGAAGAGAUGGAUAAUGGCUACCUGAAGAUGGACAAUUACCGUAUUCCUAGAGAGAACAUGCUGAUGAAAUACGCCCAGGUGAAGCCUGAUGGCACUUAUGUGAAGCCCUUGAGUAACAAGCUGACGUAUGGGACCAUGGUGUUCGUCAGGUCCUUCCUCGUGGGAGAUGCAGCUCGGUGUCUGUCCAAGGCAUGCACUAUUGCCAUACGAUACAGCGCUGUGAGGCACCAGUCUGAAAUCAAGCCAGGUGAACCAGAACCACAGAUUUUGGAUUUUCAAACCCAGCAGUAUAAACUCUUCCCACUGCUGGCCACUGCCUACGCCUUCCACUUUGUAGGAAGGUAUAUGAAGGAGACCUACCUUCGAAUUAAUGAGAGCAUUGGCCAAGGGGACCUGAGUGAGCUGCCCGAGCUUCACGCCCUCACUGCUGGGCUUAAGGCUUUUACUACAUGGACGGCCAAUGCUGGUAUUGAAGAAUGUCGGAUGGCUUGUGGUGGGCACGGCUAUUCUCACAGCAGCGGAAUUCCAAAUAUUUAUGUCACUUUUACCCCAGCCUGCACCUUCGAGGGAGAGAACACUGUCAUGAUGCUACAGACGGCCAGGUUCUUGAUGAAAAUCUAUGACCAGGUGCACUCGGGGAAGUUGGUGGGUGGCAUGGUGUCCUACUUGAAUGACCUGCCCAGUCAGCGAAUCCAGCCACAGCAGGUGGCAGUCUGGCCAACUGUGGUGGACAUCAACAGCCUGGACAGCUUGACUGAAGCCUACAAGCUUCGUGCAGCCAGAUUAGUAGAAAUUGCUGCAAAAAAACUAAAGACUCAUAUGAGUCACAGGAAGAGCAAGGAAGUAGCAUGGAACCUAACUUCUGUUGACCUUGUUCGGGCGAGUGAGGCUCAUUGCCACUACGUGGUGGUUAAGAUCUUUUCAGACAAACUCCCCAAGAUCCAAGACAAAGCCGUCCAGGCUGUCCUGAGGAAUCUGUGUUUCCUGUAUUCUCUCUACGGGAUCAGCCAGAAAGGAGGAGAUUUUCUUGAGGGGAACAUCAUCACAGGGGCUCAGAUGUCACAAGUAAACAGCCGGAUACUGGAGUUGCUCACACUACUCCGCCCCAAUGCUGUUGCUCUGGUGGAUGCCUUUGACUUUAAAGAUAUGGCACUCGGCUCUGUCCUUGGCCGCUAUGACGGGAACGUGUACGAGAACUUGUUUGAGUGGGCCAAGAAGUCCCCACUGAACAAAACGGAGGUCCACGAGUCCUACUACAAGCACUUGAAACCCCUGCUGUCCAAGCUCUGAGCUUCCCUGGGACACGUCCGUAUGCUCCAGACAGCAGCCGGAAAUCUCUCCUCCUCACUUCAUUGAUCCUCGGGAAAUCUUCAUCACAUUUGUGUAGCUCUAGAGCAGAUGAUGGGUUGGCCUUUUUCCUCUCUAUAAGUAAAGAAAAAUGAGCAGA